UUUCGGUUAGUUGCAUGUUUAAUAUCGAAUGAGUGAGAAGUUUGGAUUGUGUUUUUCCAGUUUGUAGCAGCAUUCUUAUAAAUGGACGAGAAAACGAUAAAAUGGGCAGAGGUCACUAUAAACAUGGAGGAACCCUCGUUUGACAUUAGUGAGGAAGAAAACGAGUCCGGAUCGGACUACGGAAGCGAAGUUAAAAGUAUCCCUAUCCAGCAAAUUUGGGAUUCGGAGGCUUUAUGGGAGGAACUACUGUUGUUACCUGAUGGAGACGAGUUGAAAGAUCCGAUUUCCACGGAAAACAGUGAAGAAAUUUUAAAGAAGAAUCACGAAAGUGGGUUUUUAAUGGCAGCUUGGCUAGGAAAAUCGAAUGUUUUAAGUGUGCUUCUUGACGCAGGGGUCUCAAUAAAUACACAGGAUAAAUACGAGAGGACCGCCCUUCAUCUUUCCUCGUACGCAGGCCACACCGAGUGCGUGUCCCUCCUUCUGAGCCGCGGCGCAGAAGUAAACGCGAUCGCGCACGAUCAGAACGUGCUCGUGACGCCGCUCCACUGCGCGGCGAGCAUGGGACAUCUGAACUGUCUGCGCCUUCUGAUCAAACAUGGAGCCCACGUGAACGUCGGCAUCGAGAAACGCAGUCCUUUACACUACGCGGUGCAGAACUUGGCCGUGGAAUGUGUGAGGGAGCUGUUGGAACAUAAUGCUAUACCCAAUACGCCGCAAGUGUAUAGUGAAGCUCCGUUACACGUGGCCGCCGCCCUCGGCAACGAAGAGGCGGUAAAAUUGCUGCUGCAAUACGGGGCGGCGGUAAAAGUUCAAAGUGGAACGGACAAAUUGACUCCGUUACAUUUGGCGGCGGAGCAGGGAUAUCCAUCAUGCGUGCGAUUGCUUAUUGAAGCUGGUGCGAACGUGAACGCUAUUAACAGGAAGAAACAGACCGCGCUCCACCUGGCGGUCAUGUCGCAGUGCACUGAAACUGUCGAGUUGCUUUUACAAAAAGGUGCCAAUUCGAACGCUCAAGACUGCGACGGCCGAACUCCCCUGCACUGUUCGACGGUGAACGUGCAAAGAACGUGCGAGUGCGCUCGCACCCUACUGAAAUACGGGGCGAAUCCGAACACCCCCGACGCAUACGGAUACACCCCGAUACACACGGCGGCCCUGAACGAAUUCUCGAAUUGUGUCCUUUUAUUAAUUCAAAGUGGGGGCGACGUCACCCUUAAGACCAAGGGCGGCAUUUCCGCCAUGAACUUUAUUACGAAAAAGACUCCGGAAGUGUUGCCCAAGUAUAUUGCCAGCUUCGACAACUCGAUACACCUAAACGCCCACGAUAUCGGCGACAUGGACUGUCAACUGAAGUUGGACUUUCGAAUCCUGGUGCCGAACGUGGGCCACCAAGAAACCUCCCUGCUCACCACCUUCAUCGAGGUGGGCCAAAAGCAAAUCCUGGAACAUCCCCUGUGCGAGACGUUUCUGCUAUUAAAAUGGCGCGUCAUCAGGAACUUCUUCUUCUUCAGUUUGUUGUAUCAGGCGAUUUUCGUCGCCUUAUUCUCCGCGUACAUCAAAGGGAUUUACUUGAAGGACUGUCCCUCUUUUAGGAGCGUUAGGAGAAAGGACAGUUGUUAUGCCGAGGACAUUUACAUCGAUAUGGGAUACUAUUUGUUGUCGCUGAACAUUUUACUGAUGUUUAAGGAGUUAUUUCAGAUAUUACACAGUUGCCGGACGUACGUUUGCGAUUGGGAGAACUACUUGCAAUGGACGAUUAUCGUGAGUGUGUUCCUUUGCGUACAGCCUACGUAUCAAAUGAAUAUAAGAGAGUUUUUGUACACGUGGCAACAUCACGUGGCAGCCGUAAGCGUUUUCUUGGCUUGGGUGGAGCUUAUGAUGAUCGUAGCACGAUUUCCAGCCUUCGGUCUUUAUGUGCAAAUGUUCGCAACGGUCUCGUUUAAUUUUGCCAAAUUUAUGUGCGCAUAUUUUUGCCUCAUAGUGGCUUUCACGCUCUGUUUCGGGGUCAUUUUUGCCAACUAUCCCGCAUUUAGGGAUCUAAAGUGGGUAUUUCUCAAGGUGAUUAUCAUGAUGUCCGGUGAACUGGAAUACGAGGAUGUUUUCUUCAGCGAUACAUAUGAAAUAAAAUACCCUUAUACGGCUCAUAUAGCUUAUCUAGUGUUCGUUAUACUAGUCACAAUAGUUUUAUCUAACCUUAUGGUGGGUUUGGCCGUAAACGAUAUACAGGGGCUUCAAAAGAGCGCAAGCCUAGAUAGAUUGGUGCGUCAAGUUAAACUGAUGGCCCAUCUGGAGAGCAUGCUUUUUUCGAAAUUACUAAAAUGGGUCCCACAGAGAGUGAUGACUUGCUUGCAUCAGCGAGCCCUUUUAUUAAGGUCCCAAAGGGAUUAUACGUUGGACGUGAGGCCUAAUGACCCCAGAGAGAAUAAGAUACCCAAGCAUUUAAUAGAGAACGCUUUCCGUGUGGCCGUGAGUAAGAAAGAGAAAGCGAAAGGGAGAUCUUUUAGGAGGGUCUUGAGCCCGAAAAGUAGCUCUGAAUAUAAAAGCGGCGUUGAAAAAUUUUUACAGCAAAAUGAGGAAGAAUUUAUGGCGGAAGUUAAUAAGAUGAUCAGGCAUAGGUUUGAGAGGAUACAGGACGAAUUAAAGGCUUAUAAGCAGGUUGAGAGUAAUAGUAGAUCUUAAAUUUGUUUUUAGGUGUAGUUUAUGACUGUGAUAAUGGAAAUGUAUAAAUCAACUUAGAGACUGAUUGAGUUCAUAAAAGAAUGCAACAUUUUUUCUGAAAAGCAACAUGAAUACCUUACAAAAAGGUCCACACAGAGUGUUAUUUUUAUUUGUAUUUGAGUCAAAGGUAUCAGAGAGUUUAAGAAAGAUGGCGUAGUGCAUAAAUCGGAUUUAUCACAAAAUAAAGUAGGAGUGCCUCAGGGUAACAUAUUGGGACCUAUUCUGUUUAUAAUGUUUGUUAAUGAUUUCAGUUCAAUAAACAUAUUGCAAUAUAACACAAUUUUCAGAUGACACGAAUCUGUCAGUAAAAGAACAACAGCCUAUGUCUAAAUAAAGAAAAAACUAAUCAAGUUUUUGGGUAUUUUUGUUGAUGAGUUUUUAACCUGGUCUUACCAUAUAGAAUAUCUGAAUGGAACACUCAAUCAAAUUUGUUACUGCAGGUAGGUUUGUUUCAAAAUAUAUGGAUGAGUCAUUUAAAAAAAUACUGUAUUAUGCGAAUUUCGAAAGCACUGAUACUAGAUAUGGUAUAAUUUUAACACAGAAAUGUCUUAUUAGAAUAAUGUAUAAACUGCAUUUUCUACAAUCAUGUUGUGGCAUCUUUAGAUCUAAGAAAAUUAAGACCAUCUAUGCCCUGUACAUAAUUGAACUAUUGAUGUUUGUUUUUAAUAAUAGGCAGACUUUGUUCCCUGGCGAAUAUCAACCACAACUAUAGUACAUGUACAAAUAAUAUCCCUUUUCUAGUACAUCACUUAACCUUACUUAUAUGAGAAAGGUCCUAAUUAAGCUUUAUAAUAAGUUAAGUAGCAAUAUAAAAAACAUUACAAGUAAACUAAAAUUAAAGCAGUUCUUAACUAAUCUUGAGCCUUAUAGUAUUGAGGAAUAUUUGAACCGUUAGAAUUAGUAAUAAUAUUGAUUUAUUAGUAUUAGGUUGUUUGUGUUGUGUAGUUAAUAGUUAGGGUUCUUUGACGUCAUUUCACUUUAUAUUUGUUUUUUAUACAGCUAUUGUAUGAAUUUAUAUAUGAUGCUUGUAAAAUCUGUAUAACUAAUA